CAGGGCCGGGAGCGGCGCCGAGGGGGAGCGGCGCGUCCCCAGGAGUUGAGGAGGUCGCGGAGCCCCCGCUGCGGCACCGCGCUCCCCACGCCGAGCAACUUUUCCGCGGACUCCCUGCGCCCACACGCACCCCCCUCCUUCGUCACACACCGGGAAUCGGGAAUUCGUGGCACGUCGCCAAAAUAAAAAACAUGGGCUGGUAUUCUGCCCGUGCGUUUUCUAGCAGUAAGAGUGAAUGACUGGGGCAGGCUGCGAGUAUUGUUGGCGCGCUGAUAGCACCUCGGUUCACUGCAGUCCGUAAACAAGACCGUGUCAUUUCAACAGUUCAAAAAAGGGAAGAUCUGGCUUUGACACAGUUCUUUUGCUAAUGUUCCGUAUCCUGAGAGUGGGAUAAUCCUGUUAGAAGACUGAAAGCCAUCAAGUUGCUGUCUUGUGAGCAGUGUUUUUGUUUAACUUCCAAAAAUCCAGGUGACUUCCAUGGGACUGCUUGCUGACUCCCAGGAGUGCUUCAGACAGAUGUCCAGCAGCUGUAGGAUGAAACCCUUGAAACUGAAUACCCUGGUGAUGUGGUGAAGUUCCAUACCUGAUGCUUUCAGUGUCUCCUCACUUCUCUAUGCUGUCAAUGUCCUGUCACAUGAACAAAACAGCUUUUGUUUGCGGGAAAACAGAAGAGGUUGAUGUCUCUGGGGAAGAUACCGAAGAAGAUACGGGCAUGCUGAAGACCAGAAGAGUGAGGAAUGAGUCCUUCUGAAAGCUGAAGAGAAGCCCCCUCGAAGGGUCAUGAACCUAAGACAAGUCUUCGUGUCUGUACUGCUGUUUGGAGUAGCUGGUCUACUCCUCUUCAUGUAUCUGCAAGCUUGGAUUGAAGAACAACAUACAGAGUCUGGAGAAAAACUGCAAGAAGAGACAAUUAAUCAGGAUUUCACUCUCCAGCCUCUGGGGAUGCCAAGGAAAGCAGAGUGGAGGAGAAGCGCCCCUGUGAACCUCAGUAACCACGAGAUGGCUGUCUCAAGCAGCAGGCACUGGCGGGGCAGGGCUGACCCUUUCAGUGUGGUAGCUGCCUCCUCGGGGAGCCGACUGCCUGAGCAGCAGAAGGCCAGCGAGUCCCCUCUCAGCUGGUUCCGAGGGGUGUAUUUACCUCCUGCUCUGCACCCAUUAAACAAGACGUUUGUCAAGGGUGGUGAGUGGCAGGACAUAGACAGCACCCAGGAAAAGCGCAGGGCCUUCCUGCAGGACUUCUGUAGGAAAUACAACAGCAGAAAGAAGCUGCAAACCCACCUGGUGCACCUGGUGUCAAGAAUUUACGUGGAGGACAGGCACAAGGUUCUGUACUGCGAAGUGCCGAAAGCAGGCUGCUCCAACUGGAAGAGGGUCCUCAUGGUGCUCAGUGGGCUCGCUGCUUCAGCAAACAACAUCUCCCAUGAUGAUGUGCACUAUGGAAAGCAUCUAAGGAAACUGGACAGUUACGACCUAAAGGGGAUCUACACACGUUUGAACAUGUACACCAAGUUUAUAUUUGUACGUGAUCCUAUGGAAAGACUGGUAUCUGCCUUCAGGGAUAAGUUUGAACAUCCAAACAGCUAUUACCAUCCGGUAUUUGGGAAGGCAAUAAUUAAAAAGUACAGACAUAAUGCAGAUGAAGAAGCAUUGAAAACAGGAUCGGGAGUUAAGUUCAAGGAGUUUAUCCAAUAUUUGUUAGAUUCCCACCGACCAGUAGGAAUGGACAUUCACUGGGAGCAAGUCAGUAAGCUCUGCUAUCCCUGCCUCAUCAACUAUGAUUUUAUAGGAAAGUUUGAAACCCUGGAAGAAGAUGCCAAUUACUUUCUGCAGCUGGUAGGCGCUCCACCGGGUCUGAAGUUCCCUAAAUUCAAAGACAGACAUUCCUCUGAUGAGAGAACAAGUACAGAAGUAGUGAGGCAAUAUUUAAAGGAAUUGUCUAAGGAGGAGAGACAGCUGACCUAUGACUUCUAUUACUUGGAUUACUUAAUGUUCAAUUAUACAUCACCACUUGUAUAGCACUAGAAUAGCUUCAGGCUUCUAUUAGAUAUUUAUCAUUUUGGAAUUCAAAACAACUACUUCGAUAAUAGCUCUGAAAGGAAACAAAGUUACUGCUAAGUAGAGUUGUCUUGAAUUAGUGGGGAUUUUAUAAGCUGGAGUGAUAUCAAUUGAUAUUAAAUUAUGGAGAAUGCAAAGAAAAAAAGACCUGUAAGCAGCAUAAAUUGCACUAAAAUGCCUGAAAAAGCUGCUUUUACCAUUAUGGAUUAUCCUACAGAAGCAGUAGCUCAGACAGCUGUUGCAUUAGCUUACCGAAUGUUCUUUUAAUGGUUUAAGAAAAAAAAAAAAAAUCAGUGACAUGAUUCUUUUUUUGGUGUGUUUGCCUUAGAAAUGGGUUUUGAAAAAAAAAACCUUUUGAAUGUAUUUUUACUUUCUGUCACUUAUUAAUAAAGAAUCAUUGGUUA